AUUACCAAAGGAGGUCCAGACUGGACUUGGCCUCGAGAUAUUUUUCCUGAGAUUCCUGGUGUUUCAAUAAUUGUACUUUGAGCCCGGAUGUUAUCGUUACAUUUCUCUAAUCUGUUUGUAGUUUUGUACUGCUAUCUUGCAUGCGAUGUGUGCCUUUGAUAUUCCAUCUAACUCAAGUCUUCCUUGGCAUAGAUAUCUCAUAUCUGAACAAAGCAUCAAAACAUUGUUUCUUUUGUCUGUGUUGUUUCAGAAUCAUUUCCGAUGUCUUAGGAUAAUAUAAUAAAGUAUGCCAGAUUGUUCAGCAAGACAAAAGGGAAGCUGAAGACAACUACGACGAGGCUGUCGCCCAUUGUUUGCAGGCGCAGGCGGAUUUUGUUCCACUCCUCUUCGGUCUGCGGCGGCCGGCGGGUCACCGGUGCAGAUCUUUUCCCGGCCUUUUUCGGUGGCAAGGGGCCACAAAUAUCUGAGCCCAGAUAUUUUUCCUGCCCCUGCCACGUGUAAAAGCGCCGGCACGUAGGCGUAAAGGUUCAGGGGUCGGGCUUUCUCUUCAAUCCUGUCUUUACUGUUGGCUUCUGGUCUCGUCUCGUGUUUCCAUCGUCUCCGCUGUCUCUGCUCUCUGCCGUUCAUCCGGAAGCAGCCCGAGCCAAAUCUCGGAGCGUUCUUGAUCUCCGCUGCGUGGGUUGUUUGAUUUGUUGGGUGCGGUUAACAGCGCACCUGAAUUCUGUGAAAAUUUGGUCCUUUUCUUACCUAGGUCUGUCGUUGGUUUCCACUUCUUGGGGUUCCUUGGUUCUCUGAGUUGCGAUCUUCUGCACCUUUGUAUCCCCCGAUCCAUAAUCAUCCGGCUUUCUGUCUCCGGUUUGCUUCUUUGUUGAUCGCCUGUCUUUCUUUGCCUUCGCUUCAAUUUCAAAAGAAAAAAUUGUUCAUUGCAGAAAAGGGAUAAAAAAGAAGUUGUUUCAAUCUGAUAAAGUUUCAGGAAAAUUUAAGAAAAUCCUUCAUUUUUUCUCCAUUUGUUUGUCCGUCUCUCAUUAAAAGAAUCGAAUGGGGGAUGCGUCGUUGAAUCGAUCCAUUAAGGCCGAACCAGCCGCCGGUGGCAUUACCAAGGGAAAUCGAAUUCUGGACACGAUGUCGUCCGGGUGGACAGAUGAGAGACACAUGCUGUAUAUCAGCUCUAUGGAGGCUUCUUUUGUCGACCAACUAUACAAUCACGGACACCAUUCGCACAAUGCAAAUGGCAAUGGCUUCAAGGUUCACCGCAGGGGGGUGUGGGAGUACAUCAAGUAUGAGAAGGAUAAUACUUGUGCGCAAAGUGGGACCAAAUACUGCCUGCCUGCAAACCCCUGGAUCCAGCAUUUUAGGCCACGAGAUUGUGGUAGCAAUGUGCAAAGUGAUGGGAUGGAGGCUUCAGCGGGUGAUCAUGAAUCGUGUACUCAGACAAACCGGGUGAGGCUUUCAGUGUCUCAUGGAAGGGAACGGGAAGCUUGUAAAGGAGACAACCAACUUCUUGAUGAAAAUACAGAGGUCUCUGAUCAGAAUUUUGCUGACGACGAGGUGGAAAUUGGAGCAGAAUCAAAAGCGUGCAAGAAAAGGAGAUUAAGCAGCACUUCCAACUACCGUUGUGCAUAAUCAAGUAAAUUUGCAGGAUCAAUCAGCUUAGUCUGUUGCAAGUAUUGAGAUGACUAUCCUAAAAGAAGGUGCAGAUGAUGGGACAAAUCUCUCAACUUCUUUCUGCAGCCACAAAAACUGUUGGAAGCAAAGAUACUCCGACGGAAGGCGUUGAAGAAUUGUUAUUGUUGAUUUUGUAGUUAAUGAGUACUGGAGCAGUUAGUGUCGGCAUUUUAGGAGAUUAAGUUCUAAUUAUGUAUCUGUGUAUUUUGCAGUCUUCAUCAGUGUUACUGUUCUCUACUUGGUAGAUAUAAAUUGUUUGAUGUUGUGGA